CUCGUCUUCAGGGUCAGUGAGUCAGGCAGUGGCUGGCCUCGGCACAGCCAUGAACACCACAGUGACCACACCCAGCUCGUCUGCGUGCAAUGCACUCACGAGCACAAGACUACGCAUCCCCUCUCACGACAUGUAAACAUCAUCACAUACAGCGAAAAAUCGCCUCCAGGCUCAGCCUGUCUUUGUUCUGUCACAUUGAUGCAGCAUUGCAUCUGUGAGAAAGUGCUCAUACGUCUACGCCCUACCUACCCGUCCAUCCAUCCAUCGCGAAACACAGUACGAAACAAGCACUAGUCAGCAUGGCUCCCGCUCUCACUGACUGGCUCACGACACCACCCCACACCCAGCUACGUCAAAACGCGACACGCGUACAAUCAAUAUGAAACGCAACAGAACACAGCACCACACAACACGCGUCACAUACAUGACACGGAUAUGGAUGUGAUAAAGAGCACCCAUCCCAUCUGUACGUGCGUGACCCACAACGCGCCCGGCCCACGCGAUGAAGAGCGGUAGACAUUCCGCGUCAUCAAACACACACACACACAUCGCAUACAUGCAUCACACCAUCAAACACAGCACACUUUCUGUCUUGCUCACCCAGCCGCCCAGCCAACCAAGGAGCCACCCUUCAUGUGGCAGAGAAGCCCGACGAGUAGGAAGGCGGCCUCUGCGCCGCCGAAUGCUCGUCCUCGUCGUCGUAUGGAGGCGGCGCCGCCCCGUUCACGGCAGGCCGUCGACUGCGCGUCUUGGGCACGAUCGAUGCCAGCGACUGGGGUGUGCUGGCCGUGGUGGUGUUGGUGGAUGAGAGUGACCUGAGUGACGGCGGGGGUCUCCUCGGGGGAGGGGGGCGGGUGGCAGGCGUGUUGAUCAGUGUCCGCAGAGACAAGUAGGGGGGGACCGUGCUACGCAUGUCCUGGAAACCCUGAGGAAAGGCACAACAAGGCAGGAGUCAGAGGGUUGGUGUGAGAGAGUGUGACUUGUGUGGCUAUCGUCCAAUCUGACCAGGAAGACGCUGGCAGGGUCGUCCUCAUCCGUCAAGGCCAGCAGCUCACCCUGCGAUGCAACAGACAUGAAGCGACAUGCGUGUGGUGGGUGUGGAAUGCACUUGUGUGCUCUGUGUGUGGGGUUACAUGUGCCUGCUGUCCGUCUUGUUUCCUCUUGAUGGUGCACUUGAGCCGCAGCCCCGCGCGUAGCACGACGUCUCUCUUGAGGCACUGGACCAUGUCUGGUUCGAUCACAUCCGUCAGCGACGUGCCUGAAAGGAAUGACGACAGAACGAGACGGGUCAUCCAUCUCUUUCUCGCCCCCUCUCCUGUGGUGCAUGUGUGUGACCUUCGAGCGGCCUUCUCUGCCAGAGAUUCAGCAGAGACGAGCUCUCGAGAAACAGCUCCUCCUGCAUACCAUGACACACGCACGACGUAUGAUAUGGCUGGACUGACGGUGUUUCGUUUGCACCUGUAUAUCGACUACGGCAGUGGCGUCGAGAAUGGCAUCGGCGACCCGCUGCAGGAGGCUGACGCGCUUCUCCUGCGCCUUGGCCUGACGACGGGUGUCGGUCACAUCCUGAUAAAGACGAGACGAGGAAAAAAGAGGGGUCCAUGUGCAGAAGCGCUGCUGGGUUGUGACUGACUAACCUGUAUGAAGCCACAUAUGACGUCUGAGGAGGUCUUCUUCCUACAGACAGACAGACACACACACACGCACCGUUUUGCAGGCCGAAGUCCCCUUCUGUCUGACUCACUCACCUGCCGCCGCAUCUAAACCACCGCACCUGCCCGUCAGCUCUCUCGUACUUGAUAUCCAUCUCGAAGCUCGCGCCCUGCUUGGCGCACCGCAGGAUCGCAUCCUGAAUCUUGUGCCGGUCCUCAAUGAUGACGUGCUCCGUCCAGCAGCCCGACAACACGCUCUUGGUGUCGUCGUCGAUCUGGAUGGGCACGUCGGUGAGGGCGGCUGUGUCCUGGUCUUGAGCUGGCUUGUCCACCGCAUCGGACGGGGACACAUGCGGGCGGGAGCCACGCCGGGAGGGACAGCACGCCCACAGCGAGGAAACCGCGCUCUUCAAGUAUCCAAACCUGACGACAGGGACAGCGAACAAGGACCGGAAUUCAUCUCUGCGAACGGGUGUUAGGAGCUAGCCAUGCGUACAUGAAGUGUCUCUUCUCAGCGAUGGGUGUAGUGGUGGUGGUGGAUUCGAUCGACGGCUGUUCGGAGGAGGGUUCCUGCGGCAGCUGGUCUGCCUUGAAUGACGGUGAGGGGUUGAGCAGGGAGCUGUCGGCGGGGUACGACGAGUCGGGCAGCCGGCGGCCUGUCAGGUGUUCAAUCACUUUGGUCUGAUAGCAACCUGAUGGCGCAACCAAUCAGACAGACAGGAGCAACACGUACUCCAUGUCCUUUGUCCAUCUCUGCGUCGACUGCGUACCCUUAUCUAUCGGCGCGCUCGUGUCCCACUCCCUGCCAGAACAUCCAGACACACCAGCGAUUAUCCGGCGUGUCAGCCUGGUGUGUUGUGUCGUCGUCAUGUUGUGUUGACUGACCACGCGGCGAUGCCCACAAGUUGCGAGAACGACUCGAGGAGAAGCUUCUUGCUCUCCUUCUCCUUGUGGACCUGCACGGACAAACCGAUGCAACACAUGCGCCCGUCCCGUUCGUAACGCUUGUCGAAUUCGCCGAUUUACCUGGUUUUUCUGGUAGAGGGUGGUCCUGAUUGCAAAACAGGACCAUGAGGGGAACAUGUACACAACGAAUUAGACGAAAGAUGGACAACAGGCACAAACAUGAAACAGUGAACUCGUCUCAUACCGGGUGAAGAGCUCUAUCUGCCGUGAUCCGAUGUAGAAGAGAGCAUUCACAACUGCACUCACACACACACGCAGACGACAUGCCGGUGUCUGCAUCCUCGAGAUCAUGCACCCACCCACCCACCGAUGGCUCACUUGCGUAGGGGAUGAUGCCCCUCCAGUUGCCGGGCAGCUUGCAAAGCAGCUCAAACACGGCAAACGCGCUCACGUGUGUGACGUGCAUCAGGAGCGUCAGGAAGCUGUCGCACUUGAAGGCCAUCCACCCAGCCACCACCGCACACACGGGCGUCCAGUGAGCGCUGCGGUAGACGAUGUAGUAGUCCUCCUUGGAGCUCCACACGUAGCCCCAGUCAUGAUGGUAUGUGAUUCUCCCGUCCUGACGACGAACAAACCACAAGGGCGUGUGUGCGUGUGUAGGUGUGGGCCUCCCUCCGUCGCUAUGCGGACCAUGUGUAUGAGGGCGAUUGACACGAUGAAUAUCAAAGCUAGAACGAACCGCUCGACCCGGCAGUAGGCGUCGGUGAGGCCGUCGUCCGUCAGGGCGUUCUUGUUGUGAUACCUCUUGUGGUACCAGCAGUACAAACCCACCUGCACCGCACCGCCGCGCCGCAGCCAGCCACAGGCAGAUGCAGGGGCACACACAGAAAGAGCGACGUGGGUGUAUGUAUGGGGGUAUGUAUCUUCUUCUCCUCGACGCACCAGCGGUUUAUCCAGGAGGGCGUAGAGGAACGGGAAGAGGGCGAAGGGCACAGUGAAGACCGCACGGGCAAUCACGUCAAUGCAGAGGUCAUCGCCAUGGUGCUCACUGCACACGCACACACAGAUGAUGGAAGGACUGCGGACUGUCGUGGCUUAUCUUUGCUCUGCUGUCUGUCUGCCAUGCACUGACUGACGUGAAUACUCCGACGAGUAUUGAGAGGAGGAUGGCGAGAAGUCCCAGGAAGCCGAGGGCCUUGGCGGUCUCGCGCAGGUCCUCGUACAUCAGCCGCCUGUACUGCUCCUCCAACACCUGAUGAUAACCAUAUGAGCAAACGCGACAGACGGACAUGAGCAAAUGUAACGUAACAGUCUGUUUGCACGCGAGAUCUUUGUCCUUAUCUCACCGGAUCUGAGUACUGCACUCUCAGGAAGGGCGGCCAUCGCCACUUGGAUUCACAGCCGAUGGUUUGCCACUGGUCACGGGACCAUGCAAAGAAGCUGCUGAUGGGACGGCGGGCACGCAGCAGGCCUCGUGGCGCCUCGUCCCCGAUGAUAAGCGCCUGCAUUUC